AGUACAUAGACUCUUCAGAAAAGUAUUUUAAGGAAUCAUGUUUAUAUUAGGAUAAAUUUAUGAGUGUUUUAGUAUCUUGUGUUUUUGUUAACAUAUUCCACACCCAUCUUGGGUCAAUUUAUAUAAGUGUAUUACUUGGAAUUAAUAAAGAUUUAUCUAUGUAUCUAUCUAUACAAUCUCCCGCACAAAUACAGAGAGCCGCCGCUGUACAUAUCGGAAAACGUUCCAAAAAUAGAUUCUAAGAAAGCUUAUUUUUCAAAAUAGCAGCUAAGGCUCUACUAUAUGAUUUCUCUACAAGAAGUUCUAGAACGAGAAUGAACGUAGACGCAGAAUUAAUGUUCGAAUGUCUCAUCUACUUGAACAUGUUCUAUUUCCCGGUGUUUGCCAUCUGUGAACCCAUCACGACUAUAGCCAAGUACCAAAGUGUUCCCACACCGAAAAUUGGGCAGGAUGUCGCAGUUAUGUUCACUAGGAUAUCCUGUGAACUCACUAAGAUCCUGCUUUACAGAAAAUUCAAGGCAGAAAACAGAAAUUUAGUGACUGGAGUUGCAGUACUAUUCACUUGCAUUACUAUAUCAGGAUUAAUAUACACCUUCUUCUAUCAACAUCCUGUUUUCAAGAUGGAACACAUUCUAAAUUCUCUAUCAGUGAUGCUGACUUUCACAGAGGUGGGUUUUGGACUUUUACAAAUAAUUAUAUCCUGUUUCAGACGAAAUCCAUAUUAUUAAAAUUGGUAAAAAAUAUGUUUUUUUUAAUAGUUCCUUCUACUAC